AUGUACAAUGAAACUACAGUGUCAGAAUUUAUUCUUCUUGGUCUUUCCACUUCUCCAGAAUUGCAAGUAGUUUUAUUUUCUGUUUUCCUUCUUAUGUAUAUAAUAUGCAUGACUGGGAACCUUAUAAUAAUAAUUAUAACAAGUGUUGAUCCAGCACUGAAUACUCCUAUGUAUUUCUUCCUUAGUAAUCUUUCCUUUUUAGAUACAGUAUGCACAACAUCAACUAUUCCAAACAUUUUAAAGGACAUCUUAAGUAUACAGAAGUCUAUAUCUGUAUUGGCUUGCUUAGCUCAGUCAUAUGUUUUCUUUCUUUCUGGAAUAGCUGGAUUUCUAAUCUUGGCUGUAAUGUCUGUUGACCGAUACAUAGCAAUCUGUUUCCCCCUGCAAUACUCUACCAUUAUUAAUAGACACUUUUGCAUUCAAGUCAUAAUUGGAGUGUGGUUUGGUUCAUUCAUUUCUCUGUUGAUUCCUUCUUACUUAGUAAUGAGCUUGACAUUCUGUUUUUCUGAGAUUGAUCAUUUUAUGUGUGAUGUAGGUCCACUCCUGAAGAAUGCCUGUACAAACACAGAUCACAUUGAAAAAUGUGUUCUUGUGUCAUCCAGUGUUGUUGUGAUUUCUUUUUUUUGUGACCUUUAUAUAUCUUAUGUAAAUAUAAUAAUUGCAGUUGCAAAAAUUAGUCAUGGAGGAAAAGAGAGGAUUAUUUCAGCAUGCUCUUCCCAUGCUGUAGCAGUAUCCCUUGUAUAUGGUAGCUGCAUAUUUAUGUAUUCCCAACCAAAUAGUCAGAGAUAUUUUAUUAAGAAAAAAUGUGUCUGUAAUGAAUAA